GUCAAAUUUCAUUUCAGUUGAGCAUAUAGCAUAGAAUAAAAAUAAACGCCAUGGGAGGUCAAGCUUAGAUGAACAAAAAAUGUUGGCCACAUACCUUAUACUGUUCAUACUUACCUCCUUAGUUUUGGGCGAAGUACUUGUAUAUUUUGGAAUUUUCUUCCACACCCAAUUUCAAGAACCAAUUCUUCUGGCUUUGUCUCGCGGAAACAACACUUUGAUUCUAUGGAUACGGAUAUUGAUGUUCGCCAUUUUCGUUUUCUGGGCAUAUACCGGUAUUUCCAUUUUCUGUAGCGGCAGGAUUUUCUAUGGCCCCAUCAAUUGGACUGAUGGGGUUGCUCUCAAUUUACUCAUUCUACAAGCUUCACUCAUGGGAUUUUCACUAUUUGCAUGGAUGGUGUUGGACAAAGUGCACCCUGUAAUAAUGGAAACCAUCUCUGUUAGGAAGAAUAUCAAGGCUGAAAGAAAAAUGCUCAAGGAAAGGAAAUUGCAUAUGGAGGAUCAUCGUAGAGUUUUACAGGGAAAGGUUGCAGAAUUGACAGCUAAAAUGAAGAAGCUGAAAAUGGAUUGUCAGAUGAAAGUUAAUAAGGCUCGAGCUGAAGGAGCUAUCGUGUUGGAAUUAAAGAGCAACUUUGAAGAAUUCCGUCUUAAAUAUGAUCGUUUGUUUGAUUACAAUCAGACACUUCAGAACCAGUUGCAGUCAAUAAGCCACGAGGUCCAGAAAAUUGACGAGUCAAAUGGAUGGUCUAAUUUGAAAUUUAAGAUUGGGUUCCCAACACUUGAAAACAAUGGAAAAUGUGUAGAUUUUGAGAAUGUAACGGAAACAGUGACAAAAUAUGGUGAGUACACUUUCUCUGCCACUCAUUCAUCAUCCUCGCCCAGACACCGCAGACCAGUCUAUCAGUGUUAGAGGACAACCAACCAGCUUACUUCCACUGAAAGAUGCUUUUCUGUGCAAGUGUAAGUUAUGUAAAUUCUCAAAGAGAACUGAUGACUGAAAGUUGGAUGUGCAUAGACUUGAGCUUUAAUUUCCUUUUUUUUUAAAAAAAAUAAUAAUAAAUUAUUGGUUACUCGAAAGAUGAAUAAAAUCGACGAAUUCACCUUGCUUCUUU